AUCAGUCCUCUGGUGUAGGAAAUGACUCGUACAGUUCCAAGGACGACAGUUACGGAGUAAGACACAAAGCCCGGCCAAACAUCGACACCCCACUAACAGUCGCAUAGUCCUCAAACCGCUCAGGAAACUCUAGCUACGGCGGUUCUGGAGGAAACGACUCCUACGGUUCCCGCCGUGAUAACGACAGCUAUGGCUCCUCCGGUAACAACAACAGCUCCUUCGGUUCCAGCAACCGCAAGGACAACGACUCCUACGGAUCAUCCGGAAACAGCUACGGAUCCAAGAAUGAUUCCUACAGCUCGAAAAAAGAUAACUAUGGUUCUUCCAAUGAUUCCUACGGAUCGGGCUCGAAGAACGAUAGCUACGGCUCUAGCCGUGACAAUGACAAUGACUCCUAUGGCUCAAAGAAGGAUAACCAUGGUUCCUCUAGUGGUUCAUAUGGCUCUAAGGAUGACAACAGCUACGGAUCUUCUGGCGAUUCCUAUGGUUCCAAGAAGGACCACGGCACUUCCAGUGGCUCUUAUGGUUCUAGCCGUCGUGACAACGAUAACGAUAACUCUUAUGGUUCUAAGAAGAAUAGCUAUGGCUCUUCCAACGACUCCUACGGCUCGAAGAACGAUUCUUAUGGCUCUAAGAAUGACAGCAGCUACAGUUCCAAGAAUGACUCUUAUGGCUCGAAGAAUGAUAGCUACGGUUCCAACUGUCGUGACAACGACAACUCAUAUGGCUCCUCUGGCUCUCACAGCUCUAACCGCCGUGACAACGACAACAGCUACGGAUCCUCCGGAGACUCCUACGGUUCCAAGAAUGAUAGCUAUGGCUCUAGCGGUCGUGACAAGGAUAGCAGCUCUUACGGGUCCUCUGGUAACAACUAUGGCUCAAAGAAUGACAGCUAUGGAUCUUCUGGUUCCUACAGUUCCAAUAACCGAGGUGACGCGUACGGUUCCAAUGAGCGCUCUGGUGGAUACGGUAACUCCGGUUACUAGGCUUUUUUGGUGUCAUUGUUGGUUGAUGGAUGUAUUUCAUUAAGUCUAUGACUUUAUAAACAUAACAACUUGAGAUUCGAAUUCUGGGGUUUUGUUCGAUUAAUCUGAA